UAAUUUGAGGGAAGAUCUGGCAGCUCUCGUUACAACAGAUUAGCGCGUUCUUUCGCAAUUCGUCGCGGCGCACGGCUCAAUUGUUUUUUCACCAGUUCUUCCAUGCGCUUUGCGGCCGAAUGACCUCUUCAUUUAGUAGGUACAUAAGUCCGAGAAUCUUCUGCAGCGGGUCAUGGUCAAAACCUGCUGUUCGGAAAGUAAGAACGUGAUGCCGUUCCGUUUGUUGUUAUCUCAUGGGUGGUGAUGAUGCCACGACAAGCUUCGCAAUGUGAUAACUGGCCUCAUGCAAAAGUCCGGGACCCAGAGGAAUGCUGCAACUGCACAAGUUGACGAUCACACUGAUCACUUGGACUGUGGUCAUCUAUCUCACAGCUACUGGCGCCAGAUGUUGGGUUACAUCUCAAAGAAUAGAUGUAGAAGACAAAGCAUCAAGUCCAAGAGUUCUGUUGACCGUUAACUCUCUGGCCUCGCACAAUGUGGAAGGCAUCAUCACAGAGCGGUUGCUGGAACUUAACUGGUUUAACGCCCCUCCUGGCAUGAAUGAAGACCCCACAUCCUGGGUAGGUCUCUUCAACCAUGAUCCAGCCGAAGGUAGCCAUGAUCCAUUAGAAGUAGCAUCCACAAGAAAUAACCCGGAUGGAUACUAUAGAACACGAAUACCUUUCCCUAGGAUCGAAUUUUUCGAUAAUAAACUCACUGAUGGGUGUCUCGGAUUCUGGAUUGGAUAUAUAAAUCUUAACAAACUGGUCGCAAAAUCCUGCAUCAGAGCCAGACCACGCUGGAUGUACGAAAUGAAAGACAUAAUCGGCAACAGAACCUUGAAAGAUCUCAUGAUUCCCGGCACCCACAACGCCGGGAGCUUCGAACAUUACAGACCGGAUCGAAACACUCCCAAAAUCCGAUACCAAAUGUGCCAAGACGAAGAUGUCUUUAACCAGCUGGUGUAUGGUAACCGAUUUUUAGACCUUCGCGUCAUUUUCCAGCAUGUGGCCGGCAGCAAAGAGAAGUUCUGGAUAACCCACAACAUCCUCAGGACUAACAACUCUGUCCGAGAGGUUCUGCAACAAGUGAAAAGGUUCCUCGACAACACCAACGAGAUUGUUAUCAUGGAUUUCCAUCUCUUCUAUAUGGGUUUCUUGGACAGUUGGGUAGACGACAGGCAUAAAGAGCUUAUGAAAAUGGUCAUCAGUAUACUGGGAAAUUAUAUGAUGCCCACGUCUUACGAGUACUCUACGCCACUUAAUGAAAUGUGGAAAAACAAUAAGAGAUUGCUUGUUGGCUAUGCAUCAAAACAAGGCAUAGAGAGUAACCUGUUGUACCCUGGUGUGUUUCAUUUGUGGGGUAACAAAGAAACACGACCAGAAUUGGAAGAGUUCCUGAACAGGAACAUGUGUAACUUCAUUCACAGGGGUUUGUGGUCAGCCAUGGCAGAACUGACGCCGACGACCUCUGGUGUUCUGAUGGACAAGUACGGUGGACUGAGGAAUUUGGCGCAAGAAGUUAACGUAUAUGUCACAAAAUGGUUUAGAGAGAGAUGGUGGAAAUGCGCCAAUAUAGUGGCAACUGAUUAUUUCCUAGGAAAUAACAUUAUCGACGUAUCUAUAGAAGCCAAUGCAAGAAAGUUCGGUACAAAUUAUGUAUGAUAAUAAAAUGAAAAUUCCAUAUGUGUUA